CUAUGUAAUGCGGCACUUUGCAUUGCUAAUGCACACCCACAUAUUUGUUUGUGUAAUAAAGAUUUGUGAUUAUAAAAUUAUUAAAUAAUAUGUUUGAACUGAAAAUUGCCUGUAAUUACUAUAAAACGCCCCGUGUGCUUUGGCAACAGCAUCAGUUCCCAUUUCAGCUUCACAACGCUUAGAGCAACAGCUUACAGCCAAACACUUGGAUUAUUAAUUCACAACAGCAAGGGAUCAAAACCAAUAAGCUCCACAAAAUGCCAUUCAAAUUCAUUGUACUCUCAGCAAUUUUGGCCGUCGCCAGUGCCGGCGUAUUUCAUCAUCCCGUCAGCUAUGCGCAUGUUGUCAAUCCCGCUGUGGAUGCCGUCGCCGCGACACACCAGAAUGUGGUACGCUCCUUUGGCGGUACUGUCUCUCACCACUCGAAGAACAUCGAAACCCCCUAUUCCAGCGUACACAAAUCGGACACACGCAUCAGCAACAACGUCUACACACCAACCGUCGCUAAGACUGUCACCUACGCUGCACCGGCUUCGCAAACCGUUUAUGAACACCAUGAAGCCGCACCUGCCGUGUAUGAGCACGACGAACCAGCACCAACAGCUGCUGUUUACACCCAUGCCGCUCCAGCUGUGGCCAAAACUGUGACUUAUGCCGCUCCAGCUGUGACCAAAACCGUUAGCUAUGCCGCUCCCGUUCAUCAGUUGUAUCAUCAUGAGACUCCUGUGACCAAAACCGUUAGCUACGCUGCGCCGGCUCAGGUUUACCAGCAUGAAGCUGCUCCAGUGUCCACCACCACCUACAACCAUGGUCCAGCUGCCACCACUUACACCCACAAUUCACCAUCUGUCGCCGCUUAUGGUUCCAGUCAAACUGUGCACUACUCACCCGCUGAGAUGGUUUCGCACAUGAGCUUCGAUGGUUUCGGCACACACUGGGGUUUCUAAGCACGCUUUUGUUGUUGUAUAAAACUGUACUACGGAACUGUUCAACGAGUUUGAGUUUAAUUUUUAUUAUUUCAGGUUUUUUGUUCUUGUUGUUUUAUGUUUAUUCUACUAACACAUUUGUUAUGUCAUUACCAUUGCGAUUUUAUAUAAACAAUAAAUGUUAUGUACUCACUAUUUA